UUCCUGGGACUCCACACAACCAUUUUGAAGGGUCUACAGGACUCCAGAGUUCUUGAAGGGAUACGCAAGUUUCCAGAUUUCCCCCGUCCUCUCUUUGUGUUUAAAGACCAAGAAAGGCUAACUGCAGGUAUCAUUAACCCUCGAUGCGCAUGCACAGCGUGGGUUACAGUAUAUACUUGGUUUGUGUGUCUGUGUGUGUGUCUGCUACCACAUUUUCUGCCACUAGGCGCAACGAAACAGCCAAUACGCUAUGCAGUUCGGUGCUACAUAGGCUUGUUUUAAACUGGUGAUUUUCGUAAAAAUACUGAAAUCGAAAGUUAUGGCGUGAGAAGGAAGUGAACAAGCCAAUAUGCAUAUUACCACAGGCUUACCUCGACAAGAUGUACUUGCUUGCUUGGAGGCCCAA